UGCCAACUGCCAUUACACAUCACAAAGAAGAAGAAAGAAAGAAGACGUCCACUACUACGUCAGGUGAUUUAUUUUUGGGUUGAAAAUAAAUACAACAAACUGAUUUUUGGCGUGAUAUCGCGCUGGCCGUCAUGCGGACUUGUUCAAGGAUCUGAGAGUUAAAAUCAUGCGACAAAAGAAUGUUCCGCACAGUUCGUUUCCAGCGCUAGCUACUUAGCUAAGCUAUCGUCCCCGGUGGAGCCUGACAACUAAACGAACGGAACACCUUCAUCAGAGGAAACUGAUCAUUAAAGUUGAUGUUGUACCUUUGACACAUCUCAGCCUGCUGGAAUUUGUCAACCGAACCUGCCCCAACACUCAAAUGUGGCUUCCCGAGUAAGAAUCUGACGCCUGAAGUUAAUGCGAGACUUUAAAGUGACCCGUAAGCAGUCAGGGUGUCGCGUUGACACGCAGACUGGCGUCGGGGCCUCCGUUGUUUUAAACGAAAAAUGUGGCUGCAGCAGAGACUGAAGGGGCUCCCGGGGUUGUUGUCAAGCAGCUGGGCGCGGAGGGUCCUCAUUGGGCUGCUCCUCCUCCUCAUCUUCUACUGGUACUUGGGGGCAGAUCGCAGGUGGAGGUUCCUGGGUGGUUCGACCAUACCCGGAGGCGCAGCAGGUGAGUGCCUUCAGAGUGAGAUCCACAGGUGGAAGUCUAUAGUGGAGCGGGGAGAGGGGGUCUACAGCACGCCCGAGGAGCCACUAGACGCGCCUUUCGUGUCGGGGAACGGCCACAUUCUCAUCGACGUGGACGCGAACAAGCUGUGGGUGGCUUCGUCCCCGCUGGCUGGCUCAGCUCCGGUUCAUCAGACCGAGCACUCUCCCAGAGUCAGCGUCCAUGUGGUGGGGGAGCGGGCCAAGGCUCGCGCUAACAUGCUGUGGUUCCGGAAGGGAGCCGUACUGUCGGUGCGGUGCGCCUCGCCGGCCACCGUGCAGUCCGCUCGGGACUGCGUCUCCAUCCGGGAGGAGUUUAUCGCACACCGGAGCCGACCCAACGUGUACCUGCAGCGCAUCCACAUUAACAACCCCUCAGAGCGGGUCGCUACGGUGGACAUGUCAUCCGGCAGCCCGGGUUCGAAGAGCAGCUUUGCCUCCAGUGUGGACAAACUGGAGGACAAAGAGGUGGAGCUCUCCUCCGGAACGGUCCAGGUGGAGAACAAGCAGGUGGUUCUGGUGGUGGUGGUCAGCAGGAAGCUGAAGAGUAGGAUCCAGGUCGCUGCCAAAUCUGACUACUCUGACAGCAUCCUGUCUGUGGUGUGGACCUCAGAGCCCAUCGAGUCCUCCAAGCUGGAGGCGACCUUCAGCAUCCUCAGAGAUGGCGCCAAGAAGGAGAUGGAAGAGCUGCUCAGGGCUGAUGUCAACGACCUGGUUCUGGAUCAUCAGCAGGCCUGGACGGACCUGUUUACCUCAGGUGUUGAAGUGAGAAAGAUAACAGACUCCCACACGCCAUCUGGCCGCACCGUGAACAACACCCUCUACUACGUCCUGUCCUCCUCUGUGGCUCCUCUGCUCGACCGACGGCUGAGUGGCGAGGAGCGUGCCCGCCUCGAGUCCAGCCUCAACUACGCCGACCACUGCUUCAGUGGCCAUGCCACCAUGCAUGCCGAGAACCUGUGGCCUGAGAGGGUGAGCAGCACUGCUCAGAUCCUGCAGCUGGUCACACUGUGGACUCUGACCCUGCAGAAGAGGGGUUGCAGGGUGCUGGUGGCCGCCGGCGCCCACGGGGCCAUGCAGGCCAUGGUGCUCAGCUUCGGCGGCCUCCAGUUCACAGAGAACCACCUCCAGUUCCAGGCUGACCCAGACGUGCUGCACAACAGCUACGCCCUGCGAGGAAUCCACUACAACCGGGACCUGAUUAGCCUGGCCGUGCUGCUGGAUGCCGACGGGAAGCCCUUCCUGCACGUGUCUGUGAAGCAGCAGGAGACGCCCGUCAAGCUGUAUGCUUGCGAGGCCGGCUGCCUCAACGAGCCCAUGGAGCUGACGUCCGAGGUCAAGGGUCACACGUUCCCGGUCAUGGUGACCCAGCCCAUCACGCCGCUGCUCUACAUCUCCACUGACCUGCGCCACUUGCAAGACCUGCGCCAUACCCUGCACCUCAAGGCCAUCCUGGCCCACGAGGAGCACAUGGCAAAUAGGUACCCUGGUCUGCCCUUCCUGUUCUGGUUCAGCGUGGCGUCGCUCAUCACCCUCUUCCAUCUCUUCCUCUUUAAACUCAUCUACAACGAGUACUGUGGCCCUGGCGCCAAGCCGCUCUUCAGGAGCAAGGUCUCCAGCAAAAGGGAAGAUGACAACCGUGACUCCUUGGAUGUUGCUUGAACAUAGCUUCAGUGCAUGUUUGUUGUUGUGGACAUUUGUACAUGGUUGGGGGUGGGGGGAUUGUUUCCUUUAAUGCUGAAUCUCAAACCACUGUUUAACCAAUCCAGCUGCAUUUUUUUAUAUACAAUAACAUCCGACAUGGCAAAAUGCCUCACUGAAAUCUGCUGAUAUUUCCUGCUGUCCAAACACACCACAGGGCUGUAAUUAACAUCAUUCAUACAAAUAAUAACAGUUUGCUUUACUCUACAUAUUGAGCAGAUACUGAAAAUGCCUUAAACAAACCCAAGUUGGAGACUAGAACAACUGAAUGUUAGAGAAACCUGUUGGUUAAAGCUUUAAUAGUACCAGAAGUGCACUAAGGUAAAAACCUCCAUAGGGAAUUGGUUGUUUAAAGACAGUUUUAGCUGCUGAUGACCACUUCAAGGUAUCCAUCAAAACCAGUUCUGCUACAAAACAUGUGAAACACCAGGUCAAACAGGAAGGGCUGAAAGCAGGUGAUCUAGAUGGAAAUCAGCAGCUGAGAACUUCUGUUGUCUCAAUCAAAUAUUUAAUUAGAAACUGUUAAAAUGCUGCACUUCGCAAUUGUUUUGAUCUACAGCUUAUUUCUUUAAAUUUUGUUUUGUAUAAAUUUUUUUUAAUUGUGUGCAUUUUUCCCUUCGGUACCCAAAGGUCUUCCAAAGUGUAUUGGGUGAACUGUGGGUGUUUAAACCAAAUCAAAUUGCUUAGGGUAGAGCAAAAAUCACAUAAAAUAUAAGUUAAAUUUUUUUUCUAUGUAAAACAUUAAAGAUAGCAUACAGUACUGACACUUUAAUUGUUAGGUGACCUUUUAUGACUAAAUAAAUUAGACAAAAACCAAGAAAAACUAAAAUUGUUCUGAUAAUGGUCAUCAAAGCAGCCUAAAGCCGUCAAACCCCAAAGAAAAGCUUUGCCAUAGUUUCAGAAGGCAUGGAUUAUUGUUGCUUUAAAAGAUAGGAGCAGAGACUGGUUACCGGGACAGAAAGUUCUUAAUGGCUGGAUCAGCCGUUAUUUGAUAAUAUGGGGAAGAAGAAUAUGUGUUCAUCAGACAGCAGAAGCUUGUUUUGUUGAAACAUGCUCCUUUUUCUGAAAUAUUUAGUGUCCAUGUUGUUUCCACUGGUCCGUUAGUAACGAUACACUUAGACAUUAAUCUGGUAACCACAGCCAUUCCUAAUGUUGUUCUUUAGAACCAUGAUCUGCAGAGGCUGGGGACUUUAUAUCCACAUAGAUCUGUAACUAUCAGUCUAGAAUUAAAUAAACCAUGGUAGUUCUUUAGGGUGAAAGCAAACAGACACUAGACCAUAAAUAGUCUAUCCAGUUACUAAAGAAAAUAAUUAUUUUCACCUCAAUAAUGUUUGCAUUUAAAGAUGUGCUUCAUGUCAAUGUCUGCAGUUUUGGUGAUGAAGUGACAUGGUUGUAGAUUUUACCACCUUCUAAAAUCUUUAGAAGUAUCCACAGGCAUACUACUGCUUAUGUGUCUGAAUUUGUGGUACCCAAAUAUUAGCUAACAUUUAUUGCAGCCUAAGCGGUUCUUUGCAAUAUGUGUAUUACGCACUGUGGUAUUGGAAUUAUACAACUUACGAUUUGUUAUGCAGCCCGAGUUUGAAAUGAUCCAAACAGCAGAAGUUGUCUCUAAGAAGGAUAAAUGUUUCUCCAAAGCAAAAAGUGAAAAUGUGAAAAACACAACGAUGAGCUCUGAAUGGAUAGUGUCUGUAGUUUUGUCACCGGAGAAGUCUAUACUGACAUGUAGGAUUGUGUAAUGUGGCACAUAACAUGAGGAAGGACUCCCAGGCAGACUGUUGGCGUUAGCAACCAUGACGUCCCCGUUAGUCAUUUGGCAGUCUUCGUGUUUAGCUUCUUAAGCUUAUGAAGUCCAUUUUGGAGCUGUGACUGCACCUUGUCUGAACCCACCAUGGGUCGCACUCCUGUUCCUUAAUUCAGACGCCAGCAGCAGAUUCGAAGGGGUCUUUAAGCAUGUGUUUAGUUUUUUACAUCUGCUUUUUAGUUGAAGCUUUUUUUUGCCUGAUCAUAUAACAGAUUUCUCCAGUUCAUCAAUUUUCCUAAUUUUCAGUAUUUAUUCUAACAUCUAACUAAUAACUUUGACAAGUGAUAUUCUGUUUGUUUUUCAAGCUUUAAUCCAACUGUUGAGGUUUCUUUGAAAGUUUCCUUCACGUUUUAUUAAAAUUGACCAAAGUGUCGAAUUUAAACUGAAACAUCCAACUCAUUUAGAUUAUCAAAUUUGACCAUGAUGGAAAAUGUCCACUUGGUUUUUGCAAAGCAAAUUUAUAAUUCAGGGGGUGCAGAGGGGAAAAAACAUUGAUUAUUUAUACCUUUUAAUAUUCGUUCUUGAGCCAAUUCAUUUUUUAAAUAUGAUUUGGUAUUAGUUUUCCUUCCAGACAGAACAUUAAAACUGAUCAGUCUGUCCACUGUUGUCCACCCAUGUAAAUUCCAUUUAACAUCUUCACCCUGUUUGUUUCGGUCUUUUCACAUCGGUUUUCUCUUGUCAGGUGUAUUUUUUUUAGCCUCUUUGUGAGUUUAUUUUGAUCUUUUCUUUAAUGUAAACUGAGUGUGCCUGAAUGAAGAAACUAAUUUAUUGAACAUUUGCAAUAAUCCCAUGAAUUUUACUUGAUGUCUGUUGAUUUGGAUUUAUUUUGGGGAGAAUAAAGCAAUUGUUAGGAAGAUG